UACUGGGUGGAAUAUGUAUACCUCUUCAAAAUCAUUUAUCUGGUGUUUUUUUGAGAGAAAAAUGAAGUUUAAUAGAGUUUAAUGGUUUUGAAAAAGGUUGUUUUUUUUCUUGGAAAUACUGUGUAGGAGUUAUGUUGAUUGGAAGGAGAGCAUUUUUAGAAGUGAGAUAAAAAGUGUUUGUUUCUGUAGACUGGUGAUUGAAAUCAAAGAAAAUUGUGGAACCAGUCAUAGACUUGUGUUACUAUUUUUAGACACAGACUCAGUGGCAGAUUUUUUAUUUUCGUUACAAGUUGUUGACCCCAGGGUAAUAGAAACCCAAUUUGGAUUUUCUUUGACAACAGGAAAAUACAUAUAUUUUUGUUUAUGCAUAAAUAUAUGAACUACAUAAAGUGCUUUAAUGUUAAGUAGCAGGAAACGCAUUAAGUGGAGAUCAUUUAUAUGGAAUUCCAGCAAUUAUCAUUGAGAAAAGUAAUGUUUUCACAUUCAGUGUUACUUUUAUGCAAAAGAAGUUCAUUUGGAUGUAUAAAUGCAACUGCUUCAUAAUAUAUCAGUGUUAAAAUUGCUUUGGAAUUUAUUUUUUUUAUUCUGUGAUAUGUUUGGUUGCUUUGGAUUUUUUUUUUAGAUUCGUGUUAAGUUAAUUGCUUUGGAAGUAAUUAGAAAGCAAAUCAGUUUCAGCACAUACAAACUUUUUUAAGUGUGAGUUUCUUAAAAUAAGCUCAUUCAGGAUUCAGUUUCUAUGGAAAUGGUUCGGAAAAUUAUUGGGAGUUAUUGAAACAGCUGUUUUCUAGCUCAGCACCUCUUUGUUAUGUAAUUUGCAGACUCUGAAAAUUGGAAGAUCUAUUUUUUGCAGGGGAAGAUGCAUUUUGUGAAUUAGACGUCUUUGAAAUACAUCACAGUAUCUGUUUUUAAUUUGAAUACAUAGGAGUGAUUUAAGUUUUGUGUUCAGAAGAGGCAUAUAUAAAGAUAAAUAUAUAUGCUGUUAUUUUAGUGCAAGCUUAAAUCCAAAAAGUUCCUUUUGUGAUACACACCUCUUGUCUUUGAAGAUUUAGAUGUUGAUAUGUGUUAAGGUGUCAAAAUGGAAAAUUACAGAAAACAAAACCUUAAGAACCACCCAAGUACUGAAUUUUCUGAUGAAUUUGUUGAUAUUGUGAAUGAAAUCAAUGAUUUCAUUUCUGUGUUAGAAGUACGUCAGAAAGAACUUGCGGCUAGCACACCAAAGUCCGAGCCCCAGGGGUCGCUGCGCGGGUCACGACAGGGCAGCAUUGAGAGACUGUCGGCACUGGAGUGUUAUAAAACUGAUUCUGGGGCAGAGUUUUUAAGCGAGUCUAGUCUUGGAGAUUCUAGGACAAAUUCUAAAUCUGAUUUUAGAAGUGAUUCUCAAAGUAAUUCUAGAGCCAGUUCUCUGUCUGAUUUAGGAAAAGCAUUUGAUGAGCCGCCUAGUGCUGUAGAGAAUCAUUAUGAGCCGAUAGCUAAUAUCUUCCCGGCCAGAGUUACCGCCACUGCAACAGCGACCGCCUCAGUUAUAGGCCCUUCUUCCACUCCUCCACAGUGUGCCACACCGCCCAUCGCAAAGCCAGAUCUUCCCCCUAAACCACCAGGUCUCCUCAGUAUGGGGGAGCCCGGACAGGCCCCGCGGAGGGUGAAAGCCCUCCAUAACUUCAAGGGCACUAAUAAUGAUGAGCUUUGUUACUCAAAGGGCGACAUUAUAACUGUUACCCAGGCUAUAGAUGGUGGAUGGUGGGAAGGAACAUUGCACGGGAAAACUGGCUGGUUCCCGAGUAACUAUGUACGAGAAUUCAAACAAGAGUUGACUGGAAGCUUAAAGGGUGGGCCGGGAGCCAUUGUAACCGUGAACAAAACACAGGAAGUGCCAAAACACUUCAGGGAGAGUAUGCAAUAUUAUCAUAAUGUGGUUUUACAGAAUGUAAUAGAAACAGAAAGAGCUCAUGUUGCCGAGAUGACGUCUGUCCUUCAAAACUACAUACGUCCUAUAAUCAGCUCGGAAAUCAUGAGUUCGUCAGAGUUCUCCGACCUGACAGGCAAUCUAGAAGAUAUAAUUACAUUCCAGCAAAACUUUCUUGUCUCAUUAGAGGAGUGUUCCAAACAUCCAGCCCAUCAACGGAGAGUGGGUGGGGUAUUUAUGAGGCAUGCUCCAUCAUUGAAGGAAUUAUACACCCGGUACUGUGCUAAUCAUCCAAGGGCAGUUGCAAUACUACAGAAGAACAGAGAUGAAUUGAGUAAAUUAAUGGAAAAAUUAGGAGCCCAGUCACCCGGGGCUAUGACUUUGACCACCAUGUUGUCCAAACCAUUCACCAGAUUAGACAAGUACCCGAGUCUACUGAAAGAAUUGGAAAGACAUAUAGAGGAAAGUCACGUUGAUAGAGGUGAUACACAGAGGGCAAUAGCUGUAUAUAGAGAUAUUGCAAAUCACUGUAUGGAGAUUAGAAAGUUAAAGGAAAUGGAAUAUGAAAUAAUAUCCAGUACGAUCAAAGGCUGGGAAGGGGAGUUCUGCAAGAGUCUAUGCUUUAUACCUACAGGAAACACUGGAGGUUGGAACAAUAUCAUACCGCCACAUCUUCAAGCUAAGCUCGACUGUAUGUUAGAGGAAACAUUUGGUGCCACUGACAAAACAUUUCAGUGA